UUCGAGCAAAUACAAUCAAUCGGUCGUCUUUUGGCAAAAGUUGACGUGUUAGUUUCGAGUCUGUGAACAAUUUCGGUAAUUCUUAAUUAAAAUGGUCGAGAAAAGCGCUACUACUAGCUCUGGUUUUACCAAGGAGGAAGAGCUCUUGCUGCAGGACUUUAGCCGAAACGUCAGCACAAAAUCUUCAGCCCUGUUUUAUGGAAAUGCAUUUGUAGUUUCAUGCUCUCCCAUAUGGCUCUUUUGGCGCAUCCACCAAAUGGAUUUGUUGCCAUCAUUAGUGUUUUUCGUUAUCAUCACCGGAAUCAGCACGUAUUUCAUGGCACUUGCAUAUAAAAAUACAAAAUUCACGUUGAAACACAAGGUGGCAAACAAGAGAGAAGAAGCUGUUACUCGGGAAGUAUCUGCUUUGUUGGCCGAUAAGAAAAUGAGUCGCAAGGAGAAGGAUGAAAGGAUUUUGUGGAAGAAGAACGAGGUGGCUGACUACGAAGCAACGACCUUCUCCAUUUUCUACAACAAUGCACUCUUCUUGGCCAUCGUUAUUUUUGCCAGUUUCUAUUUGCUGCGUUCAUUUAGUCCCGUUUUCAACUACAUUUUUUCCAUCACAGUUGCUAGUGGAUUGUUGGCUUUACUUUCGACCGGAAAGUCAAACUAAAUGAAAAUGCUCAUAGAAUGUCAACCUACCUUGUGUGGACUGUUUUAAGCAUGCAAGCAGAAAACAAAUAAAUUAACAAAAUAAAAUAAUGAUUCAAUUUUUCACGAAAGACAUUUUAAUAUCAUUUUCUAAAUCUUACUAAAAUUUUUUAUGAAACUUU